GUAUAUAAAUUAUACCAAAUCCAUUUGCUAUCACUGUGUUUUUUUAAAAUUCGUCAGACACGGUGUGGAAACAGAUAGCUACGCAAUGAAACAAUUGGCGUGUAUUUUGAUCGCAUUAGCGAUCGUGGGUGUUUAUGGAGAGGAUCCAGAGAAAUUAGUAAAUGGAUAUCCCGUCAAUAUAGAAGAUAAUCCGCAAUGUGUUUCCAUUCAAGUCAGAGGCAGUCACUUUUGUGGUGGUAGCAUAAUCUCUGACCGUUACAUCCUAACUGCCGGACAUUGCGUAGACGGUUUAAAUCCCUAUAGAUUGCCUUCUGCAGUCGUUGUUACUGGCACAUCUCGGCUCAGUUCAGGUGGACAAUCUUUUAAAAUUAAAAGGAUGGUCCUUCACGAAAAUUAUAAUGCAAGAACUAUGGAUGGCUAUGACAUUGGUUUGAUUGAGUUAGCGACUCCCAUUCAGUUCAAUGCAAGGCAAAGGCCAGUUUGUCUAACAACGAGGCGUGCGGCGCAGAAUGAUCCAGUGAAAAUAACAGCUUGGGGUUCUACAGGCUACAGACAAAACGUACAUGACGAUUUGCGACAAUUGACAGCUGUCGUUAUGCCUCCUAACGUCUGUCGACCUUAUCAUCAAAGGAUUAUGUCCAUUAACGAGAAAGAGUUCUGCACUCUCAUCAGAUCCGGAACUGGAGCGUGCAAUGGUGACAGCGGUAGCGGAGUGGUUCGAACCACCGAUGGAUGUAUCAUUGGUCUU